AUGCCUCCUAUGAGAAGAACAAACAUUGGACGGCGUACACGUAAUGCAAGAAACAUUAAUGAAUUUAGACGUGCUCAUAACACACAUUACAUAUAUAUAUAUAACAAUCUUGAUUGGAUGAGUGGACGGGCAAUACUAGCAGCGAGGAAUAAGGACGUCGAUAGGUUGAAUUUUACAAUUCAGAGUAAAAUUGCUGGAGAACUGCGUUCAUACAAAUCCGUUGACAGCACGACCGACGAAAACGAAGCGGUCAACUACCCGACAGAAUUUUUGAACUCGCUUGAUGUGCCAGGAACUCCACCACAUAAUUUACAGGUAAAAGUGGGAUCGAUCAURAUUAUGUUGCGGAAUCURAAUCCUCCUAAAUUGUGUAAUGGUACACGAUUGUCCGUCAAGAAACUGAUGAACAAUGUAAUACAAUCAACGAUCAUCAAGGGCAAUUUCAAAGGGGAGGAAAUCCUUAUCCCACGAAUUCCGAUCAUUCCAACAGAUCUUCCAUUUCAGUUUAAGCGGAUUCAGUUUCCCGUUAAAUUGGCUUUUGCGAUGACAAUCAAUAAAUCGCAAGGCCGAUCGUUGGAAUUCUGUGGGAUCAAUUUGGAAUUUCCAUGUUUUUCGCACGGGCAGCUGUACGUUGCAAGUUCGCGUGUUGGAAAACCGUCAUAG